AUGGCUUCAUCAUCAACCAUCUCGACUCCCCCACUCUCAAAUGACCUACCCAGGCUCCCACUUGAGAUCUGGAUUCAAAUUUUCGAGGGUCUUGAAUCACUAGGGAAUUUCCAGUCCUUAAUCUCUGCUUCGCCCAUCGCCUUUGGUUAUUUUCAAGGUGGCAAAAGCCAUAUCCUACGCCUGUUUGUGGACAACAUCAACAACCACAUCGACAAUGACAUUAUUGCUCUCCUAUUGUCCUCAUUCAGAGUUAGAAAACUGCUGCACAAAACACCGGGCCUUACCCUAUCGCAAAUCGGAGAUGAAAUUUCAGCGUUUCUGAAUCCUCUUUUCAGACCUGACACUCCAAACCCUUUUCAAGAAUGGGAUCGGAAUCUAUCAGCUGUCGUCAAGGUCACCAUAAGUUUCCGAAAGAUCGACAGCGCGAUAUGGUUUUACAAAGCUAUCAGAGGGAGAGUGUGGUUUAUGGACCAUAUGUCGUCCGUCCCGUUCCCUAGCCAGCCCGAAGCAUCGAAAUCUGAGCUCAAGAAGUUCCUUGUCACCUUCAUGCAUCACACGAUCUUACUCGACUUAUCCACUUACCGUGAGGGCACCUUGUUCAAUCCCAGAACAUCUAUUCUGGACUCAGUGGCGUGGCAAGCAGCCAACCCGAAUCUCGAAGACAUUGUCCCAAAGUUAUGGCAAAGAUCUUCAAAUCAGGCGGGGGCUUUGGUUAUCAGUGACCGUGGGCUGGCGCAUGUCGCAGUAAAUAUCGCGAUUGAUCUCCAUGGACGAAGCGAAGACGUUGCAUCAGAGGAACCACAGUCAAAAUACCCUGGAGUGUCGUCAGUUUCUCCAUCGCCGACGCUCAUGUCCUAUUUGUCGGCUCGGCUUAAUGGAGGGGUUCGUUGA